CCCCCGCGGGAGGCUCCCGGCCGGCCCCUCUCGGCAGCGCAGGCGGCGGCGGGGGCGCAUGGAGCCGGCGGGACUGGAGGGACGGGCGGGCGCGGCCAUGGCCAUGGGAGCGGCUGGCGGGGUGUGAGGAGGCGCCGGGGAGCCUCAGCCGGAGUCCCGGCGGGAACGGCCCCCUCCCGCGGGCAGGAUAAUGGCAGGAAAAGUGAAAUGGGUAACUGACAUAGAAAAGUCCGUGUUAAUAAAUAACUUUGAAAAGAGAGGAUGGAUUCAGGUGGCAGAAAAUGAAGACUGGAAUUUUUACUGGAUGAGCGUACAAACCAUCCGCAAUGUUUUCAGUGUGGAAACUGGUUACCGACUUUCUGAUGACCAAAUCGUCAACCAUUUCCCGAACCACUACGAGCUGACGAGGAAGGACUUGAUGGUGAAAAAUAUCAAGAGAUAUAGAAAAGAACUAGAAAAAGAAGGGAGUCCUCUUGCAGAGAAAGAUGAGAAUGGAAAAUAUAUUUAUUUAGAUUUUGUGCCUGUCACCUUUAUGCUCCCUGCUGAUUACAACCUGUUUGUUGAAGAAUUCAGAAAAAAUCCUUCCAGCACUUGGAUUAUGAAACCUUGCGGGAAAGCUCAAGGGAAGGGGAUAUUUCUUAUCAAUAAACUCUCUCAAAUUAAAAAGUGGUCUCGAGACAGUAAAACAUCUUCGUUUGUAUCUCAGUCUUCUAAAGAAGCCUAUGUAAUUUCUCUCUAUAUCAACAAUCCGUUACUGAUUGGUGGGAAGAAAUUUGACCUGCGCUUGUAUGUUUUAGUGUCUACGUAUCGUCCACUGAAGUGUUACAUGUAUAAACUUGGAUUUUGCCGGUUUUGCACAGUAAAAUAUACACCAAGUACAAGCGAAUUAGAUAACAUGUUUGUACAUCUCACAAAUGUUGCCAUUCAGAAACAUGGGGAUGACUACAAUCAUAUCCAUGGAGGCAAAUGGACAGUGAGUAACUUGCGCUUGUAUCUAGAGAGUACUCGUGGAAAGGAGGUCACUAAUAAACUGUUUGAUGAAAUUCAUUGGAUAAUUGUGCAGUCGCUGAAGGCCGUUGCACCUGUAAUGAACAAUGAUAAACACUGCUUUGAGUGCUAUGGAUAUGAUAUUAUCAUUGAUGACAAGCUUAAGCCAUGGCUUAUUGAGGUCAAUGCUUCCCCUUCUCUUACCUCCAGUACAGCCAAUGAUCGUAUUCUCAAAUAUAAUCUUAUUAAUGACACACUUAACGUUGCUGUGCCUAAUGGUGAAAUUCCAGACUGUAAAUGGAAUAAAUCUCCACCAAAAGAAGCUCUUGGAAAUUAUGAGAUUUUGUAUGAUGAAGAGAUGGCACAAAGUGAUGGAGCUGAUCGUGAUUUGAGAAGCCGUUCUGGGCAAUCCAUUGGACUAAAAGGAAAUCGAGCAAGAGAUUCAGGAAAACCUGUGCUCACCACAUGGAAGUAGUGAUAAAAUCAAAUUAAUAUCAAAUCAGUAAUAUCUUACUGAAAUUCAGUGCUAUACUCUUGGCAGAAAAUUUUGAACUGAACACUCGGGGUUUGGACAGCUUUCUCUCCUUUGUACGGCUUCCUUCUCUAUUGUGUAUGGGAGUUAAUAACUGAAACGGGACAAAACACAUCAAACACAUCACACAUUUGUACCAAUAUGAGACAGGUUUGUAUGAAACAGGCUUUGUAAAGUGAGGUACCUAAUCAGCUAUUCUAAUAGUAAACUCACUAGUUUACUGCAAAGAGUAUUAUGCUGCAUGUGGCUAUAGCAGAUCAAUUGUAAUGUAAAGAAUUAACAUAUUAAUUGCAUUAAACUUUUAAAAGCAUAACUACUCAGACUUGAGAAACAUGGAUAUUUUUUCAACAAAUGGCUGUUUUGACUUAUAACUCUCUUAAAGAACCUUCUUAAGAAAUCUGGUGUUAACACAAAGUAUUCAUUUUUAAACGAACCACUGGUUUGGUGUUCAAGAUUUUGUUUUCCAGACUGUAUAUUGUAAGUAAUCUAUCUCUACACUUGUAAUUUAUUAUACAGUUUUAACUCCUCUGUAAUGAAUUAAGUGUGUAAAAAAAUUGUGGUCAGGAUUGAGUAUAGGUUCUGUAGUAAACCUAGAAAAAAUAGAAUUUUGGACCUCAGGGUGUCAGUCCUCUGUGUUCCAGGAUUAAUCUUGAAAAUAGAAUCCAGAAAGGUCAGAGGUGAUGAGUAUUAUCAUUGUUGUAUAGUUUACAUUGGCAUGGUGACAAUUAAAUUCCUUGAUACAAGUGCACUCUCUUCUGGCAACAUUUACAAUACAAGCCUUGCUGAGCUGUGAUUGUCAAUGCACAGUUAAUGAUUUUUAGCUAAUGUUGAGAUUUAAAAAUAAAUAAAUCCCAAAAUGCUGAGAUUGUCAGAUGCAUUGAAGCUAUAACUCCUCAGGAAUUAAAAUUACAUGGAAGGGGAGAAUCUCUCACAUAGCAAGUUGCUGUGUUAUCACAUUUGACAUUUAUUUUUACUUCUAAGGUGAUUUUGGACAUACCUGAAUAAACUGCUUCCUGCUUUUCCUCUUGAACAUACUGUAAUAAAUGUCAACCCUGCUGCUCA